GUUCUAGAGUAAACUUCGAAGAUGCAGACUGUCUGGCCGCAGAAAAGCUGUUCUCCGAACUAGAUCUUUAUAAUAAUAUGGCAAUCAACGGAACUGAAAGGGGUAUCAGAAUAUCAAUUCCAAAGGACAUAAAAUUGGAUGAAGAGCGAAGUAGUGACAAGUUAACAGAACCCAUUUGCGUAAAACUAACUCCUUCAAAAUGGUCUGAGCCAAUACUAAAUAGGACCAAUUUGGUUAUAGAGCCAGAAGAUGCUUUAAUUAGAAACUUUAUACCUAUGAAAACGUUGGAUGAGUUUGGAUAUUUUGUUGUUAAAGCUCUUAAAGAAAACUCGACUUCAUGGAUUCACUAUAAUCUUGCUUCUUUUUAUUGGAGAGUUAAAGGAAAGAGUCAAGAGGCUAUUGACUGUUUAAAGUUAGCAAUUCAGUUUGGACAAGGAAUCUAUCAAGAUAUUCCUUUACACAACCUUGCUGGAAUUCUUCAUCAUUCGCGUCACCCUUUAGAAGCAAUUCAAUUGAUGAACAGCGCUAUUAAGCUUGCACCUAACGUUCCAAUACAUUAUUUUGCAUUAGGAAACAUAUACGCCUCCAUGACAGACUUUAACAAUUCGAUUAAAAAUUACGAUAAAUGUUUAGAACUUGAUCCACAAAACAAAGAAGUCGCUAACAAUAGGCAUGCGAUGUUGUGUUAUUAUAAAUUAGAAAAUGCUUUAACGUCGUUUCAAAAUGAUCUGCAAAAUAUUCUCUCGGAACUUCAUGACUAUCACAGUAUUCUUCAGCAAUGGUUGCGGUUGCAAGAGCGAUUAAUGUGGGAAACCGCCACUUUUAAUUAUGAAUUUGACUCAAUGAACCCAGAUAUGUCUCAUGUUUCUAAAAAGGUUCAAAGGUGUAUUAAAAAAACUACAGGAAACAAACCCAUUAUUUCGUGCGAGUUUUAUGAUAAAACGCCCGAAGUAGAAAAGUUAAACCUUCAUAGUUUGUUUGAAAUUGUGGAAAACGAGAGACAGAGACUGGAACAAUUCAAUCUAGAGACCACGAAAAUUAAUAUUGAACCUUCGAAAUUGGGACUUCCAAGAUUUCCCACCAGUAUGCCGACAAAAGUUCCUGGAUAUUAUUUCGAGCGUCAGGAUAGAGAAAACCGCGGAGGAGGAGUGGCCAUGUACAUAAAAAAGUCUAUAAGGUACUCACGAGUCCAUUUGGAAGAUAUUAAGAUUGAGUAUAUUAAUUGUAUUAAGAUUACAUUUGAAG